AUGAUGGAACGCGCCAUCAUCAACACUCUCGUGGGGCACGACGUGGUGGAGCCCGGCAACUACGUACAGAUGUUCCCCUACCCCUGCUACACGCGAGACGAGGCGGAGGUGGGGGGCAGAGGGGAGGCUGCGGGCACCUGUCUCUCCCCGGGGCCUGGCUGGCAGGGCGGAGGCAGGUCACUCCUUCCUGGUGUCCCGCCCCAAGUGCUGAGGCCUCCCGCCCCAGCCCGCUGCCCGUGCCCACAGGUGAUGAAGACCAUGGGCCUGAACAACGCGGUGCACUGGGUGGCCUGGUUCAUCACCGGCUUCGUGCAGCUGUCCAUCUCCGUGACGGCGCUCACGGCCAUCCUCAAGUACGGCCAGGUCCUCAUGCACAGCCACGUGCUCAUCAUCUGGCUCUUCCUGGCUGUCUACGCCGUGGCCACCGUCAUGUUUUGCUUCCUGGUGUCUGUGCUGUACUCCAAGGCCAAGCUGGCCUCGGCCUGCGGCGGCAUCAUCUAUUUCCUGAGCUAUGUGCCCUACAUGUACGUGGCGAUCCGCGAGGAGGUGGCCCACGACAAGAUUACCGCCUUCGAGAAGUGCAUCGCGUCCCUGAUGUCCACGACGGCCUUCGGCCUGGGCUCCAAGUACUUUGCCCUGUACGAGGUGGCCGGCGUGGGCAUCCAGUGGCACACGUUCAGCCAGUCGCCUGUGGAAGGCGACGACUUCAACCUGCUUCUGGCGGUCACCAUGCUGAUCGUAGACGCGGCCGUCUAUGGUGUGCUCACGUGGUACAUUGAGGCCGUGCACCCAGGCAUGUACGGGCUGCCCCGGCCCUGGUACUUCCCACUGCAGAAGUCCUACUGGCUGGGCAGCGGGCGCACGGAGACGUGGGAGUGGAGCUGGCCGUGGGCGCGCGCCCCCCGGCUCAGCGUCAUGGAGGAGGACCAGGCCUGUGCUAUGGAGAGCCGGCGCUUGGAGGAGCUGCGGGGCAUGGAGGAGGAGCCCACCCACCUGCCGCUCGUGGUCUGUGUGGACAAGCUCACCAAGGUCUACAAGAACGACAAGAAGCUGGCUCUGAACAGGCUGAGCCUGAACCUCUAUGAGAACCAGGUGGUGUCCUUCCUGGGACACAACGGGGCCGGCAAGACGACGACCAUGUCGAUCCUCACCGGCUUGUUCCCGCCGACCUCGGGGUCGGCCACCAUCUACGGGCACGACAUCCGCACGGAGAUGGACGAGAUCCGCAAGAACCUGGGCAUGUGUCCGCAGCACAACGUGCUCUUCGACCGGCUCACGGUGGGGGAGCACCUGUGGUUCUACUCGAGGCUCAAGAGCAUGGCCCAGGAGGAGAUCCGCAAGGAGAUGGACAAGAUGAUAGAGGACCUGGAGCUCUCCAAUAAGCGGCACUCGCUGGUGCAGACGCUGUCGGGCGGCAUGAAGCGCAAGCUCUCCGUGGCCAUCGCCUUCGUGGGCGGCUCCCGCGCCAUCAUCCUGGACGAGCCCACCGCGGGUGUGGACCCGUAUGCUCGCCGGGCCAUCUGGGACCUCAUCCUGAAGUACAAGCCGGGCCGCACCAUCCUGCUGUCCACCCACCACAUGGACGAGGCCGACCUGCUUGGGGAUCGCAUCGCCAUCAUCUCCCACGGGAAGCUCAAGUGCUGUGGCUCCCCACUCUUCCUCAAGGGCACCUACGGGGACGGCUACCGGCUCACUCUGGUCAAGCGGCCUGCUGAGCCUGGGGACCCCCAAGAGCCAGGGCUGCCAGCCAGCCCCCCAGGCCGCACCCAGCUGAGCAGCUGCUCAGAGCCCCAGGUCUCCCAGUUCAUCCGCAAGCACGUGGCGUCCUGCCUGCUGGUCUCCGACACGAGCACAGAGCUCUCCUACAUCCUGCCCAGCGAGGCCGCCAAGAAGGGGGCCUUCGAGCGUCUCUUCCAGCACCUGGAGCAGAGUCUGGGCGCACUGCACCUCAGCAGCUUUGGGCUGAUGGACACCACGCUGGAGGAGGUGUUCCUCAAGGUGUCAGAGGAGGACCAGUCUCUGGAGAACAGCGAGGCAGACAUGAAGGAGUCCAGGAAGGAUGUGCUGCCGGGGGCGGAGGGCCCAGCCUCGCCGGGGGAGGCGCACGCUGGCGGCCUGGCCCGGUGCACGGAGCUGGCGCAGUCACAGGUGUCCCUGCAGUCCGCAUCCUCUGUGGGCUCUGCCCGUGGCGACGAGGGAGCCACCUACGCGGAUGUCUGCGGCGACUACCGUCCCCUCUUUGACAACCUGCAGGACCCCGACAACAUCAGCCUGCAAGAAGCCGAGGCGGAGGCCCUGUCGAGGGUCGGCCAGGGCAGCCGCAAGCUGGAGGGCUGGUGGCUGAAGGUGCGCCAGUUCCACGGGCUCCUGGUGAAGCGCUUCCACUGUGCCCGCCGCAACUCGAAGGCGCUCUCCUCCCAGAUCCUGCUCCCCGCCUUCUUCGUCUGCGUGGCCAUGACCGUGGCCCUCUCCGUCCCUGAGAUCGGUGACCUGCCCCCGCUGGUCCUGUCACCCUCCCAGUACCAUAACUACACCCAGCCCCGCGGCAACUUCAUCCCCUACGCCAACGAGGAGCGCCAGGAGUACCGAUUGCGACUGUCUCCGGACGCCAGCCCCCAGCAGCUUGUGGGCACGUUCCGACUGCCGUCGGGUGUGGGCGCCACCUGCGUGCUGAAGUCUCCUGCCAACGGCUCCCUGGGGCCCAUGCUGAACUUAAGCAGCGGCGAGUCCCGCCUGCUGGCUGCCAGGUUCUUUGACAGCAUGUGCCUGGAGUCCUUCACGCAGGGGCUGCCGCUGUCCAAUUUCGUGCCGCCCCCACCCUCACCCGCCCCGUCCGACUCCCCUGUGUCCCCAGAGGAGGACCUGCUGCAGGCCUGGAAUGCUUCGCUGCCCCCCACCUCUGGGCCAGACAACUGGACGUCGGCGCCCUCCUUGCCCCACCUGGUGCGGGAACCCGUCCGCUGCACCUGCUCUGCGCAGGGCACUGGCUUCUCCUGCCCGGGUGGUGUGGGCGGGCGUCCACCCCAGAUGCGGGUGGUCACAGGAGACAUCCUGACCGACAUCACCGGCCACAAUGUCUCCGAGUACCUGCUCUUCACCUCUGACCGCUUCCGGCUGCACCGGUACGGGGCCAUCACCUUUGGCAAUGUCCAGAAGUCCGUCCCAGCGUCAUUUGGUGCCCGGGCCCCGGUCAUGGUGCGGAAGAUCGCCGUGCGCAGGGCAGCCCAGGUUUUCUACAACAACAAGGGCUACCACAGCAUGCCCACCUACCUCAACAGCCUCAACAAUGCCAUCCUGCGUGCCAACCUGCCCAAGAGCAAGGGCAACCCGGCGGCCUAUGGCAUCACUGUCACCAACCACCCCAUGAACAAGACGAGCGCCAGCCUCUCCCUGGAUUACCUGCUGCAGGGCACGGACGUGGUCAUCGCCAUCUUCAUCAUCGUGGCCAUGUCCUUCGUGCCGGCCAGCUUCGUGGUCUUCCUGGUGGCCGAGAAGUCCACCAAGGCCAAGCAUCUGCAGUUUGUCAGCGGCUGCAACCCCGUCGUCUACUGGCUCGCUAACUACGUGUGGGACAUGCUGAACUACCUGGUCCCGGCCACCUGCUGCGUCAUCAUCCUGUUUGUGUUCGACUUGCCGGCCUACACGUCGCCCACCAACUUCCCUGCCGUGCUCUCCCUCUUCCUGCUCUACGGGUGGUCUAUCACCCCCAUCAUGUACCCGGCCUCCUUCUGGUUCGAGGUGCCCAGCUCGGCCUACGUGUUCCUCAUUGUCAUCAACCUGUUCAUCGGCAUCACCGCCACCGUGGCCACCUUCCUGCUGCAGCUCUUCGAGCAUGACAAGGACUUGAAGGUGGUCAAUAGUUACCUGAAAAGCUGCUUCCUCAUCUUCCCCAACUACAACUUGGGCCACGGGCUCAUGGAGAUGGCCUACAACGAGUACAUCAACGAGUACUACGCCAAGAUCGGCCAGUUUGACAAGAUGAAGUCCCCGUUCGAGUGGGACAUUGUCACCAGGGGGCUGGUGGCCAUGACGGUGGAAGGCUUCGUCGGCUUCUUCCUCACCAUCAUGUGCCAGUACAACUUCCUGCGGCAGCCACAGCGCAUGCCAGUGUCUACCAAGCCUGUGGAGGACGACGUGGACGUGGCCAGCGAGCGGCAGCGAGUGCUGCGGGGGGAUGCUGACAAUGACAUGGUCAAGAUUGAGAACCUGACCAAGGUGUACAAGUCCCGGAAGAUCGGCCGCAUCCUGGCGGUGGAUCGCCUGUGCCUGGGCGUGCGUCCUGGCGAGUGCUUUGGCCUCCUGGGCGUGAACGGCGCCGGCAAGACCAGCACCUUCAAGAUGCUGACGGGUGACGAGAGCACAACGGGGGGCGAGGCCUUUGUCAACGGGCACAGCGUGCUCAAGGAGCUGCUCCAGGUGCAGCAGAGUCUGGGGUACUGCCCGCAGUUCGACGCCCUGUUCGACGAGCUCACAGCCCGAGAGCACCUGCAGCUGUACACGCGGCUCCGCGGCAUCCCCUGGAAGGACGAGGCGCGGGUGGUGAAGUGGGCCCUGGAGAAGCUGGAGCUGAGCAAGUAUGCGGACAAGCCCGCGGGCACCUACAGCGGGGGCAACAAGAGGAAGCUGUCCACAGCCAUCGCCCUCAUCGGGUACCCCGCCUUCAUCUUCCUGGAUGAGCCCACCACAGGCAUGGACCCCAAGGCCCGGCGCUUCCUCUGGAACCUCAUUCUCGACCUCAUCAAGACGGGGCGCUCGGUGGUGCUGACGUCGCACAGCAUGGAGGAGUGUGAGGCCCUGUGCACACGUCUCGCCAUCAUGGUGAACGGGCGCCUGCGCUGUCUGGGCAGCAUCCAGCACCUGAAGAACCGGUUUGGGGACGGUUACAUGAUCACGGUGAGGACCAAGAGCAGCCAGAACGUGAAGGACGUGGUGCGGUUCUUCAACCGGAACUUUCCAGAAGCUGUGCUUAAGGAGCGUCACCACACGAAGGUGCAGUACCAGCUCCGGUCGGAGCACAUCUCACUGGCUCAGGUGUUCAGCAAGAUGGAACAGGUGGUGGGCGUGCUUGGCAUCGAGGACUACUCCGUCAGCCAGACCACCCUGGACAACGUGUUCGUGAACUUCGCCAAGAAGCAGAGUGACAACCUGGAGCAGCAGGAGACAGAGCCGCCCUCGGCCCUGCGGUCCCCCCUGGGCCGCCUGCUUAGCCUCUUCCGGCCCCGGCCUGCCCCCACAGAGCUAAGGGCACUUGUGGCCGAUGAGCCCGAAGACCUGGACACAGAGGACGAGGGCCUCAUCAGCUUCGAGGAGGAGCGGGCCCAGCUCUCCUUCAACACGGACACACUCUGCUGACCACCAGGCACUGGCUGAAGGACAUGCAGUGGGGACAGAAGUCAGGCGGUGGCCGCGGCCCCACCCCGUGCCCCCAGUGCCCGCCCACAAGGUCCUGGAAUGGGAGGUCCAGGACCAAGGGCUUCACGCCCCCUCUAGCCCCUCACCUGUCCUCAGCCCUGUCUGAGGCCACUGCGCUGCCCUCCCCUGAUCGUGCCAAAGGUUGGCCUGGCCCUGGGCUGCGCACACCCUCACCCUGCUCUGCCUUAAAGCCUUGGGGUCUGGCCGGCCCCUAGUCUCCUCCCCUGUCCAGCUCUGCCCACCGCCCCUCGGGCCACUGGGGUGACAUAGGCCACCAGGUGCCACCAGACUCUCUGCUGGCCAGGCCUGACCUCCUGAAUGGGCUUUUCUCUGGUCCCCCCACCCCAUACUGAUGGGCCGGUCUGGGCUGAGGGUGGGGCCUGGGGUAGGUCCUGUCCCCAGGCCCUUCUUUAUUUUGGUUUAGGAAGAGGCUUCCUCAUCUUGCUCUCACGCAGGGAGGCCCCCACCUGAGGGAAGCUAUGGGCAUGGGCCAGGGAGGGGCUGCCUCAAGGUGGUGGGCCGGGUGGCAGGAACGGAGAAGCUGGCUCCGCCGGAUCCCCUCCCCACCCCCUCCAGCUGCCAUUGCUCUCCCACCAGCUUGGCCCCCUGCACACCCACCCACCCAGGAGCCGGACCUGUACAUAGCGCACAGUUGUUUGUUUUAAAUAAAUAAACAAAAAAGCCCAUGCAAGCCUGCGUGUGU